AUUUUCAAAAUAUGUGCCGGGGUACGUAAUAGGCUUACAUACAAAUUGCUGACUUUGUUUAUUGUCAUUGAUGAAAUUAAGGAUACUUCGACAGAUACGUUUUGUAGCAGUGAAGCAACUAGAUCUACUGUAUGCUCCACAGAAAAUUCUGUCUGCGACUUCACGAAGUGUCGUCUUAAAUGUCCAGGCACUAAAUGCCCUACCAGUGUCUCACAGAUGUCAUAGUUUUCACUCCUCUCCACUGAGACUCAUGGCAGAAAAUCGAUAUGUCACUGGCUAUGCCAAACUUGGAACAUCAAGUUGUAAGAAAUGUAAACAGAAGAUUGACAAGGGAGCGCUUCGCAUUGGAAAGGUGGUGUCAAAUCCUUUCUCUGAUGAAGGUGGUGACAUGAAACAAUGGUUCCACCCACAGUGCAUGUUUGAAACCCUGAAAAGAGCACGAGCAACAACUAAAAAGAUCGAGGAACCUGAUGACCUGGAAGGGUUCACAGAAAUUGAACAGUCUGAUAAAGACCUCAUCAACAAAUUAAUCAAAGAAUUCGUGGUACAAUCCAGCAGCAAGUCCCCAGGCUCUGCUAAGAAAAAAGCAGUGGGCAAUGUACAAUCUCCGCUCCCUUUCAGUCCCAUAAAAUCUAAACCAAAAGUAGAGCACGACGAUGAAGCUGGACCCUCCACCAGUGACAUGCCAUCUGCUGGAGGCCAUCGUGACGAGUCAUUCCGGGAGUUUCGACGACUCUGUGCUGAGAUUGCUGAAAAGAGUUCCUACCUCGCAAAAACAAAACUUGUUCAUGAUUUCAUCAACAAAGGUUCCUCUGGAGAGGGAUUUAAAGGAGACCUGUACUUGUGGCUGAAGUGUUUGUUACCUGGAGUCGUGAAACAGGUGUACAACCUCAACAGUAAACAGCUCGUUAAACUAUUUAGCCAGAUAUUUGGUACAAACCAGGAUGACAUGAUUGCGGAUUUGGACCAGGGUGAUGUAGCAGAAACUGUGCGGCUGUACUUUGAUAUGAGUAAAGUAUUACCACCUCAAAAGAAAAGCACACUUUCCCUUCAACAGGUUGAUGACUAUCUCAGUGAGUUAACAAAAGUAACCAAGGAGGAUGAUCAACAAAGGAUUCUUACCAAAGUUGCUAAAAGGUGUACAGGCAAUGAUUUGAAAAUGUUUGUAAGGCUUGUCAAGCAUGAUCUCAGAAUAAAUUCAGGAGCUAAGCACAUAUUAGAUGCUCUAGAUGACAAUGCCUAUGCUGCCUUCCAAGCCUCCAGAGACUUGAGGGAUGUGGUAGACAGAGUACUUGAGAACAAGGAAGGGGUGCCAGGGAUGAAGAAGAAGCUCAGUGUCAAAGCCUCCCUCAUGACUCCCGUUCUACCAAUGCUGGCUGAGGCUUGCAGGUCUGUUGACUAUGCCCUGAAGAAGUGCCCCAGUGGUUUCUAUGCAGAGAUUAAGUACGAUGGUGAGAGAGUCCAGCUACACAAGAAAGGAAACCAGUUUCAGUAUUUCAGCAGAAGCUUAAAACCAGUCCUACCACAUAAAGUUCAGCACUUCAAGGAGUAUAUCCCAAAGGCUUUCCCCACAGGUGAUGACCUCAUUCUAGAUGCAGAAGUGUUAUUGGUGGACAACAAAACCAGUAAACCACUCCCAUUCGGAACUCUGGGAGUUCACAAGAAAGCUGCAUUCAAAGAUGCCAGUGUCUGCUUAUUCGUAUUUGAUUGUCUUCAUAUCAAUGGGGAAAAUAUAAUGCACAAACCAAUAAAGGAGAGAAAGAAAAUUCUGGAGUCGGAGAUGACUGAAAUUCCAAAUCGAAUCAUGUUUUCUGAGGCACAGCUGAUCAAUGUUGCAGAUGAUCUUCAAACACUGAUGACAAAAGUUUUCAAGCAGGGUUUAGAAGGACUUGUUUUGAAAGAUGUCAAUAGUACUUAUAAACCGGGAAAACGGCAUUGGUUGAAAAUAAAGAAGGACUACUUGGAGCACGGAACAAUGGCUGAUUCUGCUGACCUGGUGGUAUUAGGGGCUUACUUUGGCACGGGUAACAAAGGUGGAAUAAUGUCCAUAUUUCUGUUGGGAGUGUAUGAUCCCAGCAGUGGUCAGUGGUGCACGGUAACCAAAUGUCACAGUGGGCUGGACGAUCAAACUCUAGAGGAACUUCAGACAUCCCUGGAUAUGGUCAAAAUCAGCAAGAAUUCAGACAAGGUACCAGAUUGGUUGAAUGUUAAGAAGCAGGUUGUACCAGACUUUGUAACAAGGGACCCCAAAAAGUCCCCAGUGUGGGAGAUAUCUGGUGCCGAGUUCAGCAAGGCUGAUAUCCACACGGCGGGUGGAAUCUCCAUCAGGUUUCCCAGAAUUACUAAAUUUAGAGAUGACAAAAAUUGGCAGAAUGCCACAGAUUUACCAAGAUUAAAAAUUCUAUAUGAAAAAUCGAAAGAAACAUCUGACAUCAUUCCCAGCACCAGUAAAAGGACUCCAAGGAAGAAAUCAAAUGAUGAUGAAGACAAUGAUAACAACAAUGAAGGAGAUGACAGCGGGACAGACUUGAACAGUGAUGAUGAGAUGUAUGUAUCUACUGUGAAAAAGACAUCUGUACAUGGAGAAGCCACGCCUACUAAAUCCACACCCCAGAAAGCCACGCCUACAAAAACCACACCCCUAAAGGCCACACCUGUCAAAAAUGGCAUAAAGAGGCAGCACAAUGAUGGUGAAAAUAGUGAAGCCACACCAUCAAAAAAGUCCAAACCAGAAUGCAAAUAUGGAGCUGAUUGUUAUCAAUCCAACCCAAAACAUUUAGAUCAGUUUCAUCAUCCACCAAAGACUCUUCCAAAUGUAUUUAGAGGCUGCAAAAUAUACCUGCCCAAAGACACCAAACUUUACAAGACAUUAAGAAGAUAUAUCAUUGGCUGGGAUGGGGAAUUGGUACCCGAGUAUGAUAUAGCAUCAGCCACUCAUGUCAUCACACCAGCGGGACACAAGGGAGGUGUUGUUAAGUGUGCAGGAGUGUGUGUGACCUUGAAUUGGAUUGAAAUGUGUAUAAAGAAGAAAAUGUUGAUAAGGACUGAUCCCUAUAUUGUUGGUGAUGAUGAUGAGUAAUAACUUGGAUAAUUUUAAUGAUAAUUAAAACAGUAGUCUUGAUUAGAUGUCUUCACUGUCUUGAUGAUAAUUAACUAGGGAUUGGUGAUUAGUUGAUUAGGAGUAGAGACAGGUGUCAUUAAGGAUUAGGAAAUUUACAUUUAUUUAAUGUUCUGUCAACAAUUGUCACAUACAAUAACAGUAGAUUCAAUUAGAGAAAAAAAUGCGUAAAUCUGAAAACAAUACUUAUUUUUAUAAGAUUUAUAUUAGUGUAUGUUUAUCAUUUUUAAGAAGGCAGCGAUUUGUUGUGUGUAUAUAUAUGUGUUAUGUAUUUUGUCUAGCUGUGAUUAAAAUUAUUUUGUGGUAUGUCACGUUGUUACAACACACGUUUUUGAUAAUAAAUAGAAUCCAACUUA